UAACACUGCUGCUUCUUUCUACACAAAACACUUUUGAGAGAGAGGGGGGAAAAAAACAGGAAAGGAAGCCUUUAGUAUAUUGAGAGAGAUGGGCAACUGCCAAGCCAUUGAUAAUGCAACUCUGCUCAUACAACACCCAAGUGGUAGAGUUGACAAACUCUACUGGCCUGUUACUGCUAACGAAAUCAUGAAGAUGAAUCCAGGCCAUUAUGUUGCUCUUCUUCUUACCACCACCACCUUGUCUCCGCCUACUAACCCUUCCUCUACCACCGCCACCACCACUGUCACCGCCGCCUCCACCGUUAAGAAAAAUAAUAAUAAUAGUGUAACAAAUACUGGUACUAAUGUUCCUGUUCGUAUUACGCGUAUUAAGCUUCUCAAGCCCACGGAUACUCUUGUUCUUGGUCAUGUUUACAGACUAAUUACUACUCAAGAGGUGAUGAAAGGAUUAUGGGCUAAGAAGUAUUCCAAGAUGAAGCAACAGCAGUUAGACUUAGGGGACAAGAGCACUGAGAAAUCAAUGAAUUCACAAUCUAAGAACGAACUUGUUAGAAGAUCUGAAUUGGACAACUCCAAACAGGUGAAACAAGAAAAGCAUCGGAGCUCAACAGGUGCAAAACCAAGAACAUGGCAUCCCAAACUCCACAGCAUAUCUGAGGCUACAAGCUGAGACUAAUUUGAUGCUUCUAUUUGGAUUUAUGUAUGAGAUUCUGGAUUAGGAGAUGAACAAUUCACUUCAACCAGGGAAAAAAGGUGGCUGGAGAUGGUAAUUUUACGUCAUCAAAUUAGAGCUAGCACGUCUAGCUAUGCAGAAUUAAUUAAUCACAUGUACAGCAAAUAUGAGAAAUGAAAAAAACAAAAAAAAGAGAAAAAGGAACCCCCAUCGCUUAACUUUGUAAUCAUUUGGAUGCCUUCUUUAGUUGGAGAAUUACUGUGGGCUUUGUUCGAAGCACCAAAUUUUGUUUACUUGCUUGGAUUAUAAGAGACUUCCAACGUUGAAUGAAUUACUAUGAUUUGCGUUUGGCGAAA